AUGAUUCCACUCAAAUCCUCUAGAUCUGCUCUCUCGAGUGUGCGUUCCAAUACAACCGAUCGGGUUUUACACCAUUUGGACACCGUUCUCUCGCAUAGAGAAGAAGUCCGCUCUAUCAAUGCCAAUGAUGCUGCCAAUGACACAGACCUUCUACACCAGAUUGGAUAUAAACAGGAAAUGAGAAGACAAUAUUCCACGUUGCAGGUUUUCGGUAUUGCGUUUUCCAUUAUGGGCUUGUUGCCAUCUAUCACCACGACCGCCGCAACUGGAUUGGAAGGUGGUCCGGUUUCAUUUGUUUGGGGCUGGUUCGCUGGCGGAUUUUUCAUUCUUUGUGUUGGUAUUUCCUUGAGUUUCUUGGGUUCUUCGAUCCCCACGUCUGGUGGAUUGUUUUACUACGCCAACUAUUACAGUGGAGAGAGAGUAAGAGUGCCCUUGAGUUUUCUCAUUGGGUGUUCCAACUCCUUGGCCUUGUGCAGUGGCUUGUGCUCCAUUAAUUACGGUUUUGUGAGCGAAAUGUUUGCUGCCAUAUAUCUUGGAACAGGCUUUACAUCCACAAAGUACGAAGAAUACGGUGUAUUCGUCGCUUGUAUCAUCAGUCAGUUAUUUUUAUGUUCGGCAACAACCCGUAUGACUGCCCAGGUGCAAUCCUUGUCCAUUUACAUCAAUGUCUUCAUUAUCGUCUUAUUCUUCAUUGCUGUCCCCAUCGGCACAAAGAACAACUUGGGUGGUUUCAAUGAUGCUCACUUCAUUUUCGGCAAGUUCGAAAACUUAAGAACUUGGAGUAACGGUUGGUCUUUCAUGCUUUCUUGGAUGCCAGUCAUUUGGACCAUUGGUGCCUUUGACUCCUGUAUUCACAUGUCUGAAGAAUGUAAGGACCCAACCAGAAAAGUACCCAUCGGAAUUGUUUCUUCUAUUUCCGUGUGUUGGAUUAUCGGGUGGUGUAUUUGCAUUGUCUUGUGCGCCUGUAUCAAGGAUGGUGAUGUUUCCAGAGUUAUUGACUCGGAUACGGGAAUGGUGGUUGCACAAGUCAUCUACGACUCCUUGGGAAAAAAAUGGGCCAUAGCAUUUAUGUCAUUGAUUUGUGUGGCUCAGUACAUGAUGGGUGUUUCGAUCCUUAUUGCUUUGUCAAGACAAGUUUUCUCCUUCGCCAGAGACGAAGGUUUGCCUUUCGUGUACAACUACGUUAAGGUUAUCAACCCAAAGAUAAAAGUGCCAAUUCGUGCCACGGUUUUCUCUGGUAUUUUAUCUUGUGUUUUGGCUUUGUUGAUUUUGAUUAACUCCACUGCAGCUAAUGCUCUUUUCUCUUUGACCGUUGCAGGAAACUUAGUUGCAUGGGGUAUUCCAAUCUUCCUUGUAACAUUGCCCACAGAAUCUGCCAAGAGAUUCAUCCCUGGUCCAUUUUACUCGAAAAAAUUCUUUUAUCCAGUGAACAUCAUUUCAUGUUUGUGGGUGGUCUAUGCUAUAACCAUGUCGAUGUUCCCAGACAACAAAACAGUCACUGCACAAACAAUGAACUACACAUGCGUCAUCAAUGGCGGAGUGUGGAUCUUAUCGCUUGCCUACUUUUUCAUCUAUGGCUAUAGGCACUACCAUGGACCUAAAUCCAAUCUUGGCGACGGUGCUGAGAUGGGAAAGGAAGAAGACAUGGACGAAGAAUAUUCAUCUCAGGAAGAGAGACUUCAUGUUAAGGUUUGA